UCCCAUGGACUUACAUGCUAUUGUAUUAUUUCUGUGUGUAUGCUCUCACCUUGUGGGACACAAUGGAAUUGAAGGAGACUGGAGGAGUUUAACUAAAGAGGAAGAUUUGGAGUUGGAGGAGCAACUUAAGCAUCUCAACAAGCCAGCAGUCAAGACUAUACAAAAUAAUUAUGGAGAUAUAUAUGAUUGCGUGGAUUUCUACAAACAGCCUGCAUUUGAUCAUCCUUUACUGAAGAACCACACUUUUCAUUUUCAGAUGAAGCCCACUUCAUCACCCAAUGGAUCAAGACAUCAAGUUUCCUCAGAAGAUAGCAAACCUCUACAUGUAGGACUAAAGGGUGGAGGUUGCCCGGUUGGAACAGUUCCAAUUAAAAGAACUACUAAAGAAGAUCUCAUUAGAGAGAAACUUGCUUCAAAAAUAAUGACUCCUGCAGAUGACACCGGUGGUGCUGAUGUAAGUUAUCCUAGUCAAUCAAGAUUAUAUAGCUUCACAAUACUAGUUUUGCACUAUUGCUUGUUUUCUAUAUUUGGUUUUAUUUGUUUCUAUGAAUCACCUUCUUGAAUGAGCUGUCAACACACACAGAGAACACUCUAGCCACAUUUUUUGAUCCUAUAAAUUGAUUUUAGUCCUCAUUUUUUGAAGCAAUGUUUAGCCUCAUCUUGUUGAAAGUUUUAGGCAAACUUUUGAUAAUAAUUUUACUUGUAGAUGUGAUUGUUUACAUGGCUUGAAUCUGCACAACCAAAAACACUAAACAUUAAAUCUUACAGUUAGGGCACAAUGCGUUAUUUGAAUGAAAAGAGGGGGAAAAAAUCAACAAAAAAAAGUAAGCGCAUGCAUAUAUAUACUUGUGUUGGGUUGGGUUUCCCUCGUAUGUGGAUGAUGGCCUAAAUAGUCAGUAAAGCCCAUGUGAGUCUCAAGCCUACAUGGA